AUGGUGAAAUUCCGUUACGAAGUAUGUCUUUUCUAUAUUUUUAAAAGUCUCGGUACGAUACCAAUGAAUUGCGAUUUCAAUCAAAUUGGAAAAAGCAAAAAUGUUUCUAAUAGACCAUUCACGUACUCUAAAUUUGGUAUAAUUUACAACAUACUACUAAUCAUUAUCAUAACCAUCAGCUCGUACUUGAUUAUGCAAGUAAACUAUUUUUACGCCAUAAACGAUAGGUACUACUCUGAGAGACUGAACGAUUCCGUCUACCAAAUCAUAUUAGCCUACUCAGCUGUGUUUAUCUUGGUUGUAUAUAGUGUUUACCAGAGAACGUUUUUGGAGAUCGGUAACACGUUUGGCGAUAUCAGAGUCUGGUUCUCGAUUCGAGGUAUUAACAUGUUUGAGUAUUGGAUGCACGAUGUAAAAAAAAUUUUUUCCAUAAAUUUAUUUUUAAUGGUAAUAUGGAUUGCAACAAUGCCCGUUAUUUGGUCUAUGUACCUAGAGUACUUUAUUGCCUUAAGUAUUAGCAACUUUGUUAUCAAUUUUGUCGCGAUACAGUACAGUCUUGUUCUGAAAUUAAUUCAGAGAUUAUUUGAGUGUAUUAAUAUGGAUUUGCUAAUGCUCGUCAAACCGAACGUUUCUGUAAACAGCAAAAUCCAAUUCAGAGUCAAUAAUUUACAAGAACGAUAUAUUUUCGCGGGAAAAUUAUCGCAAGAUCUGUCAAGCUUUUAUUCACCUCUUAUACUCGUUUGCAUUAUUUCUUCUUUUCUUACUUGUAUACUUUCUUUGUAUUAUCUGGUUAAACCCGUCAUUGUAAGGCAUAAUGAUUUACCGACCAUAGUUCUUGUAAAUUGUGGUGUUCAACUAAUCUGUUCAGGAUUUCUCUUGAUCAUCAUAGCAAAGACUGCAGGUGAUGCCGUCGUAGAAAGCAAGAGAACUGCUGAAAUUAUUUGUGAAAAUAUGAGAAAUUUUAGUCAUUUACAACUUAUCAAUCAUAUGGUAAAAGUAUUGAAGUUCUACAGAUUCUUGAAAAGAAAAUAG